AUGCUAGAAUGGGCUGCCGAAUCCAUUUACAAAGAGAGAUGUUUUCCUGUGAAUGAUGGGCAAAGUUGGGCCAAGUACAUGUCAAUCUGUGAUUCUUCCAAUGAUGAGCAUGAUAUCAUCACUUUACAAUAUACAGAGGAAGGUCUGUUAACCGUAGAUGAGAAUAGGGAAGGUCAUGCUGCUGCAUUUGGAGAUGAUAUAGCAAUAGAGUGUCUUGCAACUGAAUUCCAAAGAGAGAUCUAUGUGAAUGGCUUUCUGCUUGGAACUUUAUCUCUUCUAGCUCCAGGGAGUAUGCAUUAA